GAUGCAUCACCAUUUAUCGUGUGCAUGACCUACGCCUUCCAAACUCCCGAAAAACUUUGUUUCAUCCUUGACCUAAUGAAUGGCGGCGACCUCAACUACCAUCUGAGUCAACGCGGAACUUUCAGAGAGGACGAGGGGAAAUUCUACGCAGCAGAAAUAAUUCUGGGUCUCCAACAUAUGCACGAAAGAAACAUCGUCUAUAGAGACUUAAAGCCUAAUACUGAGGAUAAUCCUAUUAACUGA